AGGGGCUCAUCGUUUAAGAAGAGGCGGUUGGUGGAGGUGGAUAAAUCGCUCGCUGCCCCGAGCCACGACAAAGAGGAAACCUCGCGACUCGACCGGGGGGCAUUUUGCGAUUCGCGGAGCUGGCUCCGAUGGCGUCGCCGUCGCUGAAUCUGUACCUGGCGUCGCGUCUGGCGAUUCCUUCCCUAGCUCCGCCUCCCCCGCCGCCGCCGCCGCCGUCGGUGGAAAGAGCUGGACCUUCCGGCUCGGCUGGUUGUAGGCGGCGGAGCUGCGUCCUUCGGAGCACUUUGCCCGUGGCGGCGUCAAUGAGGUUCCCGGGCGGAGCGGCGGCGGUCUCGGUCCGCGGUAACCAGAGGUCGCAGGGUCAGGUUGUGAGGAUGGCCCCGGAGGAAGAGAAGAUGACUCGCCGCUCUCCUCUCGAUUUUCCGAUUGAAUGGGAGAGACCAAAGCCAGGACGUAGACCAGAUAUAUUCCCGCAGUUCAGCCCAAUGAAAACACCCUUACCACCUCCGUUGCCAGCAGAUCCCCCUGAAGAAGAUGAGGAGGAGGAAGAGAAGAAAGAGGAAGAAGAAGAAGACCCUGAAAAGGAGGAAACAGAGAAACCAGAAAGUCAAUGAGGCGCGUAAGGUGGCUCAUGCGCAUCUUUUGCAACAACUUUGGAGGUCUCGAGUUUGCCACUAGGUGUCGCUGAUCCUGCUGAUUUUGUAGUGGAUGUUGGAAUAGUUGGUAGGGUAAGCAAAAAGCUCGAGAUUUCUUUUUUGCCAGAAGCAUAAAUCUUUUGGUCGAGUAGGCGAAAUCAUUGCUCUUGUGUUGUGACUCAGAUAUGCAAUCUUGUGAGUAAACUUCACAUUGUUUUAGUUAUUCAUACUUUGUAGUCUUGUAUAAACAGAAAUAAUCCGGCUGAGGUUUUAGGGUGCGA